GUACCGGUUGAAUUAAAAGACAAUACUAAUGCUUUCAUGAUAACCGUUGAUGUCGGUUCUCAAAAUGCUUCUUUUGAUUGCAUUAUCGAUUCUGGUUCUGCCGAUUUAUGGAUUCCUUCCGAUCUUUUCUGUGAAAAAGAAUCGGGUUGUACUAAUGAUGGUUAUAAUCCAAAUGCUUCCACUACUGCCAAUGCCACUGGCUAUAAUUAUUCAAUUGAUUACGUUGGCUCAAAGGGAUACACUGGACAAAUCUAUAAUGAUACCGUUAAUGUUGCUGGAUUUGAAUUGAAGAAUGCUCAAUUUGCUUCAGUCAAUGAUGGGGAAACUCCUCAACCAAUUGCUGGUAUCGGUUAUCCUGGUUUGAACAAUAAACCUCCAUAUUAUAAGAAUUUACCUCAACAAAUGAAAGAACAAGAUUUCAUCGAUAAUUUUGGUUAUGGGAUUUAUUUAGAUUCUUUAAACAGUUCUGAUGGGUUAAUUGUCUUUGGUGGUGUUUUCACUGAAGGUUAUACUGGUAAAUAUAAACAAUUACCAAUUUUAGAUACUUCAUCAGUUUCUUCAGUCUUAUCAAGCUUAUAUAUUGAUUUUGGUGGUGCUAAUGAUACUGAAGAUGCUUGGGUAUUACAAACCCCAAUUAGAGCUUUAUUUGAUACUGGUAGUACUGCUUUAAUUUUACCAACUGAUAUGCAUAAGAAAGUCCUUGAAAUUUUGGAUAUUCAACCAAGUGAUGAUGGAGAUGUUUUUGAUUGUUCGAAAUAUGAUCAAAAUGAAGCUGCUUUUAAAUUUAAUUUCUUGGGUGUAGAUAUUGACGUUCCCUUUAACGUUAUUUCUUAUCCAACAAAUGAUACUCAUUGUCAUGCUGCUGUUAGUGCAAUUGAUGGUGAUUAUGUUAUUUUAGGGGAAUUUUUCUUAAGAGCAACAACUUUAUAUUUUGAUUUAGAAAAUCAAUUAAUCUCAAUUGCCCAAGCUAAA